GGGGGGGGUGGCUAAUUAAUAUUUUAGUUCUAGCGACGUCCCUGAUUCCUACCCUUUAACUUUUUGUCUGAAAAUUAAAUUGACGUUUUACUCAACUGCGUUACCCACUCCAGUCAGCUAAUGGCGGUCUGCGACUUUAAGGCAUUUCUGCUACUGUGACGUAUAAUCUAGUGGACGGAACGCUUCUUUCAAUAGCAGCAACAGUCAGUCAGUCACUUCGGUAGCUUGCUAGACAAAAUAGACGAACCAAUAAAGGUCUUUAGACGCUUUCGUAAUUAUUAGCCACUGUGUUUUAAACCCUCUUCUGUCGUCUAGUUAGUUAUCCGUUUUAAUUUCAUAUUUACGGUGUUGUUAUUAUUCCGUUAGCGGGCUGGUUAAGUUAGCACUAGCCUAGCUAGCUAACAUCCCCGACCAUGCGGUCACUAAGCUACUCCCCUGCUAUAGAAGAAGCGGGUAUCACAGUAAAACAAGAAGUAGAGGAUGAGGCCGUUACUGUGAAAGAAGGGGAAGAAGCGUUCAGAGUGAAAGGGGAGGAGGAUGUUACAGUAAAAGGAGAGGAGGAUGCAGUUUAUGGAGUGAAAGAGGAGGAGGAAGAGAUGACUGUUACAUUGAAAACGGAGGAGGAAGAAGAGGAGGAAACUGGAUAUCUGGUCCCGGUUUCCCAAACGCAUCUUAAGGUGUCCGAUGGUUCUAACGGUGAACUUAGCCAUAAGAUGGUUUUGAGAAACCGUUCCCUGAUUAACACUCGAGAGAUACGGGACUAUCGUGGAAUCUCUGGGGAGCCUCAACAACCUCAUGAUGCUGAAGAGGCAGAGAAGAGUCUCUACAAGUCAAAACUCCUAAAGAAACACCAGCAGAGAUCCACAGGGAAGAAAUCUCACCGCUACUCUGACUGUGGGAAGAGAUUCACCUCAUCAGGCAUUAAAAUUCAUCAGAGAAUCCAAACAAGAGAGAAACCUUAUGGCUGUGCUCAAUGUGGGAAGAGUUUUGUUAAAUCUAACCAUCUGACUUUACACCAGAGAAUACACCCAAGAGAGAAACCAUAUAGCUGUGAUCAAUGUGGGAAGAGUUUUGUUAAAUCUAGCAGUCUGACUUUACACCAGAGAACACACACAGGAGAGAAAUCUUAUAGUUGUGAUCAAUGUGGGAAGAGUUUUUAUUUUUCUGGCUAUCUAACUAUACACCAGAGAACACACACAGGAGAGAAACCAUAUAGAUGUGAUCAAUGUGGGAAGAGUUUUUAUUUUUCUGGCUAUCUAACUAUACACCAGAGAACACACACAGGAGAGAAACCAUAUAGCUGUGAUCAAUGUGGGAAGAGUUUUUCUACUUCUGGCAAUCUGACUAUACACCAGAGAACACACACAGGAGAGAAAACUUAUAGCUGUGGUCAAUUUGGGAAGAGAUUUUCUUCUUCUGGCUAUCUAACUAUACAUCAUAGAACACACACAGGAGAGAAACCUCUUAGCUGUGAUCAGAGAUAAUCUGAUAAAAGAUCUCUGAUCAAAUAUCAGAAAAUGUAUAUAUGAAGGAGUUGUUUCAUGAUAUCAAUGAAAUGUCACAAUGUAGAACGUUUUAACAUUGUAGUAGGAGCAUUUUAAUGUCUCAAUGUAGAAUGUUUUAAUAUAUAGUAUAUUAAUAUACUCUGCAGUCAGUCAGUCAGAAUGUCACAAUGUAGAACCCUAAACGUUUGCCCCCUUAUCAAUUGGUUUCAACAUGAUAUGGAUAUUAUGCUCAUUGUGGGAAAUCCAGGCUCUGAAUUGGAAGAGUACUAUUUAUGUGAUUUAACACAAAGUGACUAACAAAAAAAGAGUUGUCCUCUAACCAGUGAUGUACACAUUAUUCCCAUAAUCAACUGAUUUCAACAUAAUAUCGAUGAGUGAUGACAAAUAAGUGUUGUGUUCCUUUGUUUAGUGACCCCUAAAUUUAAAUGCAUCACUCCAAAAUGUAGCUGACUGUCUUCUACAGGUUGUCCUCUAACCAGUGAGCUAAAAGAUAUCUCCCAUUUCCAUGUUUUUUUGUUGUUGUUAGUUUCAACAGCACGUACAACCUGAUUUCCCCCCUAAUCGAUGUCAGUGAUUUAUUGCUACUUGUCAAAACAACAGCGUUUUUGGUGCUUGUGCAGUUUAUAAGGAGCUUGUUUAUAUAAAUACAAGUAAUAUGAUUAUUGUGGCAGAUGUUUGUGUAAAUAGCACAUGUUAGGUUUUCAAUUUAUCCCAAACUGUUUCUGCAUAUUGGUUAUUGAUUUGGACACGUUAAAACUGUGUUUUAGCAUUGCGCUAUUCCCAUUUAGCAAAAUGUAAUUGAAAAGACGUUGAAAAGAAGACUAUGCAAUCAAAUAUUUCACAUUUACAUUUCAUUCAUUUCAUUUCAUGUAACAUUUAGUAAUGGAAUUUAUUCAUGCAACCAACUGAUGUUUUUUUGGUCAAUUAUAUUGACAUUGUUGCCCUUCUUUUAGAAUAGCAGGGUUCAUUCUCAGAUGUGCCAACCCAAAUGUACUAGAGCAUGACAUUGGGGACUGGGCCACGAUCCAACAACAUGCCUAUCUAGUGAACCCUGAAAAGAGAGAGAAGCUCUGCAGUGAGGUGGAAAGUUACUACGGAUAUUGCAGGAGUUUCCUCUUGAAAUCAGACAUGUCUGUGGUGAGAACAACCUGGUUGCUGAUUGUCUCAAGGGGGGCAGUCAAAAUGUUUUGCGUUUAGCCAAUGCAUUGCCAUGGAUCACAGUUUAUUUUUACUGCAAGUUUUUCCGUAUUGGAGAUGAGUUUUGUUUGGGCUCGUUCCAAGGGGACGGGAGUUCUAGAAGCGAGUGAGUUUUAGGAAGACGUUAGUUAUAGAAGUUAUAGAAAGAAAAAUCUUUGUGGGAAUAAUAAAAAAUAAAUAUUGUUUUUAAUUGUUGUUUGCCAGUAGACAGACACCAUGUUUAUAUUGGUGAUGGUGAAGCAUUGUAGUUGAUUAUAAUGUGUAAUUGAAGUUGUUUUCUGUUGUUGGUGAGCAAACUCUUAAGGUGUUAGUUAGCCUUUGGUUUUUCCAUUUAUGUUUUGAGGUUGGACCUUAGCACGUAUGGCUAGUUAGCACGUAGGACGCACUGAUAAGUGUCACCUCGUUAGUCAGUAUGUGUUACACCUGUGCUGGCUUCUCCAUCACGUUAGUGGGAAGGUGUUUCACCUGAGCUGGUCCAGGUUCUAUUUAAGAGUGUCUGGCCCAGUGCUCCAGUUGUCUUGAUAGAUGUGGAGAGUCAACACCUUUAGUUGCUCCACUUUCUGUCUUUAAAUUUGGUGUAGGUUUUUCUUUUGUUUUCCUCUUCUUGAGCAGAUUUAGUGGGUCUCAUGGUGGGUGUCUUUUAGGUCCCAGUUGUUGUUACUAGUCAACUUUCAGUCGACACCCACAUUGUGUCUUUGAGAACCCCUCCUAAAAAACAAGCUUAUAUUUUGGGUUGGAUAUUGCAUCCAAUUAGUGUUUUAAUCAAUGGCAUUUCCUUAGAAUGUUCAUUGGUCUUUCAGUUGUUAAUCUUCUGUUUUUUUAUCCUGUUAUUUUUGUGUACUAAGUACUUCUGUUUAUUUUCAUUGUUUUCUCCUGUGAAGCCAUUGUGUUGCAACCAUGUCUGAAAUGUGCUGUAUAAAUAAAGCUUGAUUUGAUUUCAACAAAUGAA